AUGGCUUCAGAGAAGAGAAGCGAGCGCGGCAUCCGCAUCGCUAUUGAUCGCGGUGGUACCGUGAGUCAUACUCAGUGUUUCCCUCUCAACACAGCCGACUUACUGUACUCCAGNUUCACAGAUUGCGUCGGCAACCCCGGCACAGGCAACAUGGAAGACGAUGUUGUAAUCAAGCUCCUCUCCGUGGAUCCUCAAAACUAUGAUGACGCCCCUCUAGAAGGUAUCCGUCGCCUACUCUCCAAAUUCACCGGCAAAGACAUNCCCCGAGGCGAACCGCUAGACACGACCAAGAUCGAGAGCAUUAGAAUGGGCACUACUGUAGCCACAAACGCCUUACUAGAAAGAAAAGGAGAGGAUAUCGCCAUGGUUGUCACAAAAGGCUUCAAAGACUGUCUAGAGAUUGGCAACCAGAGCCGACCCAACAUCUUCGAUUUGGCAAUCAAGAAGCCCGAGGUUCUUUACAAGAGGGUCGUCGAGAUUGAGGAAAGAGUCACACUGGAAGAUUAUGCCGAGGAUCCUACGAGGAACCAGACAGAUGCAAAAGCUAUCGAAGAGGCUGGCGACAAUGCCGAACUCGUCAAGGGCUUGUCAGGCGAAGCUGUUCGCAUUCUCAAGAGACCCGACCACGACCAAAUACGCAACCAAUUACAGGAAGUCUAUGAUUCUGGCCUCAAGAGUAUCGCUGUUUGUCUCAUGCACGGCUACACUUUCCCGAAACACGAAGCCUUGGUAGGCAAGAUUGCAAAAGAGAUUGGUUUCGAGCACGUCAGUUUGAGUCACGAGCUAAUGCCCAUGAUCAAACUUGUUCCUCGCGCUACUUCAGCUUGCGCAGAUGCCUACCUAACCCCUGCGAUCCGUAAAUACAUUGACGGCUUUCAAAAAGGCUUCGAAGGUGGACUGGGCACUGCCAGUGUCAAGCAUGAAGAGGGUGCAAGAGGAGCGCGAUGUGAGUUCAUGCAAUCGGAUGGAGGCUUGGUUGAUGUCGACUCAUUCUCGGGUCUACGCGCUAUCUUGAGUGGUCCUGCCGGCGGUGUGGUUGGAUAUGCCUUGACUUCAUACGACCCCAAGACGAAAACACCCGUCAUCGGCUUUGAUAUGGGAGGAACUAGCACCGAUGUAUCAAGAUACGGUGAGGGAAGAUAUGAACAUGUCUUCGAAACUACGACCGCUGGUGUUACCAUCCAAUCUCCCCAGCUCGACAUCAAUACGGUCGCUGCUGGAGGAGGCUCACGAUUGUUCUUCAAGAACGGACUGUUUGUUGUCGGACCAGAAUCGGCAAGCGCACACCCUGGACCUGCCUGCUAUAGAAAAGAUGGACCACUGACCAUCACCGAUGCGAACCUGUUCCUCGGACGCCUUUUACCCGACUUCUUCCCUAAGAUCUUUGGCAAGAACGAAGAUGAGGGCCUGGAUCCUGAAGCCAGCAAGAAACUUUUCGAGGAGCUGACGACAAAGAUCAAUCAAGAGGUCAAGGACCAGAAUAUGUCUGCUGAUGAAGUUGCCUAUGGAUUUAUCAAAAUCGCAAACGAGACCAUGACAAGACCUAUCCGUAGUCUGACCGAAGCCAGAGGCCAUGAUACCUCGAAGCAUAGACUUGCAACCUUUGGUGGUGCAGGCGGUCAACAUGCAGUCGCUAUCGCCGAAGCUCUCGGAAUCAGCCAAAUCUUGAUUCAUCGAUACUCUUCAGUUCUCUCUGCGUAUGGAAUGGCUCUUGCUGAUGUUGUUGACGAAAGACAAGAACCUGACUCAAAGGUUUGGUCUGACGAAGGAGAUGUACGCAAGUAUUUCCANAAAAAGAUGGAGGAGCUCAAGAAGAAGUCAAAGGCCACCUUGAAGGACCAAGGCUUCGAAGAAGGUCAUGUACACUUUGAGGAAUACCUCAACAUGAGGUAUAGAGGAACUGAAUCAGCUUUGAUGAUCAUCAAGCCGAGCAAAGAAGACGCCGAAGGGAAGUUUGAUGGCGACGACUGGGCCUUUGGCAAAGCAUUCGUUGAGCAGCACGAACAAGAGUUCGGGUUCACUCUUCCCGACAGAGAUAUCAUCGUCGAUGAUGUCAGAGCUCGCGGUAUCGGCAAGACCUUCGAAGGCCUGGAAAAGACAGUCGAUCAACAGUUGCAAGAAGUCAAGCCCAAAGAUGUCGGCAAAGAUGAAAAGAUUUACGGCAAGUCUCAGGUUUACUUUGAGGGAGGUCGACAAGAGACUUCCAUCUACAAGCUCGAGGACCUUGCACUUGGCGACCGCAUUCAAGGACCUGCCAUCAUUGCCGACGGUACUCAGACUAUUGUCGUCACGCCUGGCGCUUCUGCUCUGGUCAUUGAUACCCAUGUUGUUAUCAACAUUGGCGAGAGUGACGGAUCUGAGAAGAAGCUCGAUACCGAGACGGUCGAUCCGAUCAUGCUCAGUAUCUUUGCCCAUCGAUUCAUGGCGAUCGCAGAACAAAUGGGUCGUGCGUUACAAAAGACGAGUGUCAGCACCAACGUCAAGGAGCGACUAGACUAUUCGUGUGCACUCUUCGAUUCAACAGGAGGUCUAGUCGCUAAUGCACCUCAUCUUCCCGUACACUUGGGUAGCAUGAGCACAUGUGUGCAGAAGCAGGCAAAGAUUUGGGAGGGCAAGCUCAAACGAGGCGAUGUCUUGGUCUCAAAUCAUCCCAUGUAUGGUGGCACCCAUUUGCCUGAUAUCACAGUCAUCACACCGGCGUUCAGCGGUGACAAGAUCGUGUUUUAUGUCGCCUCCCGCGCCCAUCAUGCAGACAUCGGAGGCAUUCUCCCCGGAUCCAUGCCNCCUCAUUCUCGAGAGCUCUUCCAGGAAGGAGCAUCCAUCAAGACUGAAAAGCUAGUCUCGGAGGGAAGGUUCAACGAGAAGCGUAUCACCGAGCUUCUGCUUGACGAACCAGCACAACAUCCUGGAUGCAGCGGUACCCGUUGCCUAGCGGACAACAUCUCGGACUUGAAGGCUCAAGUUGCUGCGAAUCAAAAGGGUAUAAAUUUGAUCAACACACUCAUUGAUGACUACACCGAAAACGUCGUUCAGUUCUAUAUGAGAAGUAUCCAGCAAAACGCAGAGAACAGUGUUCGCAUGCUGCUCAAAGAAGUCAGCAAGCGUUUUGAGGGCCAAGACUUGUCGGCAGUCGAUUACAUGGAUGAUGGCAGUCCUAUCAAGCUGAACGUCCAGAUCGAUGCUGAGAAGGGCGAAGCUGUAUUCGAUUUUACAGGCACAGGGCCAGAGGCAAGAUCCGCUAUCAUCUACUGCCUGCGCUGUCUCAUCAGCGAGGAUAUUCCUCUAAAUCAAGGAUGUCUGACACCAAUCCACGUCAAAAUUCCCAAAAAGUCUNNUUUCUUGUCGCCUUCAGCCACUGCAGCAGUCGUCGGUGGCAAUGUCCUUACGUCUCAAAGAGUAACCGAUGUCGUUUUGAAAGCUUUCCAAGCUUGCGCUGCUUCCCAGGGUGACUGCAACAACCUGACCUUCGGUUUUGGUGGCAAUGCAGACGGCAAAGAACAUGUCAAAGGCUUUGGCUACUACGAGACUAUUGCUGGAGGGUCAGGUGCAGGACCCACUUGGGAUGGUACGAACGGCGUGCACACACACAUGACGAACACACGCAUCACAGAUAGCGAGGUCUUUGAACGUCGUUACCCAGUCAUCUUGCGCGAAUUCAGCUUGCGAGCUGGCUCUGGCGGCAAGGGUCAACACAACGGUGGUGACGGAGUCGUCCGCGACAUCGAGUUCAGGAUCCCGGUCCAAGUAUCAAUUCUCAGCGAACGCCGUGUAUACCACCCUUACGGUCUCGCCGGUGGUGAAGACGCAUCCUGCGGCAAGAACCUCUGGGUACGCAAUGUUGCCAAAGCACCUGAAGAAAAAGACAAAGUGGAAGAGGAGCAAGAGGUCAGGUACAUCAACCUGGGAGGUAAAAACACUGCAGCCUUCCAGCCUGGCGAGAGAAUUAUCAUCAACACGCCUGGCGGUGGUGGCUGGGGCCCUGUGGGUGAGGAGAGUAAGGCUAGUAAGCUGUGGAGUGAUCCAAAGAGUCACUGGAAAGGAGGAAGUGUUGCUGCCAGACAAGCCGAGGGGGAAGCCAGUGCUUAA